UGAAUAAUUAAUGAAAAACCGACAGUAAGAGUUCGGGGAAAUAGACACGCGGUCUACUUUUCUUGCAAGUCGGUCGAUUGCCGAGGAUCAAAGAUGUUCCAAGUGACUUAGAGAAAUACGAUCGUUAUCAAGAAAACAAGUUUAUCAUCACGUGAUAAUCUUUAGUAUCAAAGUGUCCUAUUCAACUGUUGUUUGUAACUUCAAAAUGGGAUUGUAUACCCACCCAGUAGAAGAAAAAGUUACCGCUUGCGUUAAGGACCUGGAGCUCUUCCUUGGACUGAAACCGGGGACGUGUAUAUUCCAUUGAAAUUUUAUCGCAUGCUUUUGAAAAGUUUAAUAGUAACCUUUUCUAUGCUUUGCUUUGUCUUUCCUUUAGAUUGUUUUCGCUAUGCUAGGCGCGCUAGCGCUUCUACUAUUAGUACUGUGUACCCUAAAAUCACGUUGGCAUCGUGAAAAACCAAUUAAGACAUCUUUGGGAAGAAAAGAUCUCGAAGACGAUGGUACAAGAAGUUGGGAUGAAGAGGGUGAAAGGUUUUUGUCAGCACAUUAUCCAAACUGGAAACAGUUAGAGCAUACUAUAAUGGUACCAGAUAUUAUUCAAGGGGGCGAACCUUUAACAUAUGCGCGUAACGAGAACGAAGAGAGUAAAGUAUUUGACUUGCUAAAAAAGUUUGGAAAUGAAACUAAACAGCCAAUGUUUGUUGUUCAUGCCCAUAGCUUUUGUGAGCUUGUAAGUUACCAUAAAACCGGCAUUGUGGAUAGGGAAAAGACGAAAUGGAUUCAAGGAGAACACGACUUUGUGAUAAUUCACCGCCAAUACGGAUUGAUCUUCUUAGAAGUCAAAAGUAGAGAGAAGACUAAAGAAGUGUUUAAGCAAGCUGAAAAACAAAUUGAAAAAGCCAAGAGAUCAGUUGAAAACUACCUCAAAAAACGGUUUGGCAAGUCAAAGGAAAGGAAUGAGGCUCUUUAUACAUUUCCGGGCUUUGUAGUUAUGCCUAACUGUCCAAGACCAAAACAGUCUGCUUCCCACGAAAAUGGGAUCUUUAAGGAAGAUUGCAACGUCGAUUCCUUCAAGGUGUGGUGGGAAAAAGUUAUUGCCAAACCUGAAAAACCACAGUUUGAAUCGAAAGUAUACGAGGAAUUGGUAAAAAAGUAUGUCCUUUUUAUCUGUUCAGCUCCAGCCUUAAACCAGCAGAUUGACAAGACACACGAUAAAAUAGUUAAAGUUUUAACUCCCAAUCAGCUAAAAUCAUGGUACAAAACUCUUCCAGAACAGUGGAUUUCUGGUCCAGCUGGAAGCGGAAAGACUGUGUUACUGAUUGAGAAGGUAAAACAGAUCGCAGAGGAUAUUACUGUGGGUGAACACCAACAAGAAAGAAUUCUGGUCCUAUGUUGCAGUGUUCCUCUCUCUAUUCAUCUCAACAAUGAGAUCAGUGAUUGGUUCAACAGUGAAUUUCCCUCGAAAACAUGUCCAGUUCAUGUUAAAACGUACGACAGCUUUAUCAAUGAGAUUGAAAAAGAGUCGGUCACAGUGAGGCGUGGUCAAAAAAAUCUUUUUCUGAGACGCAGAUUGGAGGUAGAAACGAAAUUAAUUGAAAGACUGCCCGAAGAAUUCGAACAUAGGUAUGAGCAUAUAUUCGUCGACGAAGGCCAAGAUAUGUUCUUAGAUAAGUGGCCAGUUUUCUUAAAGAAACUACAUCGCACACCAGUCGCCAGCCGCCGAUACUAUUUUUGGAUCAUGUAUGAUAGUAACCAACAUUUGCAGCGAAAGGAGAUAAACCGUUCUUUUUUAGAUAAGAUUACUAGAAACACAUCUCAACUAACAGAAGUUUUGCGAAAUACAAAAAACAUAUUUUCCUUGACAAAUAAAUAUUAUAAAGGAAUUUAUGAGGGAGAAAUUUCGCUUGGACACCAGAUAAUUGGUUUAGAAGUCAAAUAUGACAACCAGCUAUCGAAGAAAAACCUAUUAGAGCUCGUGGAUCAUCAUGUAAAGAAGUUGAGGGAAUCUAACGUUGAGCACAAAGAUAUUGCUGUUUUAGUUAGAAGCAAGAGGAUAAGAGAUAAUUGUAUCAAACAUCUCAAGAAGGAGAAGUACAAUUUACGUUGUGUGACAGUUGAAAAUCGCUUGAGAGAAAAAGAGAAUGCCAUAGCCCUAGACACUAUAAAAGAGUUUAAGGGGCUCGAAUCAAAAGUUGUGAUUUUAUGUGAUCCCCAGUAUAAGCCAAAUAACGCAGAUACAACCCGAGAAUUCUUAUACACUGCAGUGUCGAGAUGUUUCUGCUACCUCAUCAUUAUAUCAACAAACGAUGGUUGUAAAAGGAUAGAAACUGCAAGCAUACAUGAUGAUGAAUCAGUAUUGAGAGAAAAUCGGGAGUACUCCUCAGAAGACUUUGAAAGUUAAUUCGUUAUAUAGUACGUGAUAUAGAACGGAAUUGAUUAUAUUGUUAGGAUAGUAAGUGCGCGCUGAUUGGUCGAAAACUGUGCUUUGUUAGUGAACGGAGCACAGUGCUGACGUCAUACGCGCGCGUGAAGUGCUUAUAGAUCCUGCGACCGUUUUUCUUUUUGCGUAAAUAAAUUCAAUACCGAAAUAAAAUUAGUGAGUAUAUAAUUAACGAAUAUUACAGCUUUUUCCGUGCUCCGUUAGGUAAUAAAGCACGCAGGAAGCGCCUCCCUUACUGCUCGAGCUUCCCCUUACACUUCUUUCGUGUUUACGCCACUUCCUGCGUGCUUUAUUACUGAUCGGAGCACGGAAAAACCUGUUUUAUUUGUAUAAAUAUAUAGUAUGAUGUAGUUAGUUGCAUAAAUUCCGUUAUAUAAUAGUUACCAACAUACAUAAGCAAUUAUUUGCAUAAAAAUUAUGUUUUAUAGUAUAGAAGAUACGUAUUGCAUAAUAUGCGAAUAUUCUCUAUAGCAGGACCGAAAAUUUGCAACUCAUUACCUGAAGAACUGAAAAACUCAGAAACUGUUGAUAUUUUUAAAUCGAAAUUAGAGACACAUAUUUUUAACUAACUAAAGAUUAGAUUACAAUUAUUAAUURGGGCCUAUAGUAUUUUUUUUUUUUUUUAAUUUUCUCAUUAUCUAUUUUAAAAAUUUUUCUCGAUAUUUUAUCUUAGUUAUAUACCAAUGUAUAUAUUACAUCUGUACUGAAAGCAUUGAGUUUUUGAAAUUCGUUUUUUAAGAAAUAAAGUAUUAUUAUUAUUAAUAAUAUAAAGCCUUCCGUGCCUCCCUCCCCAAAAUCAGUUUUUGGUAAUUAAUUGUCGAAAUAUCAAACUCAAGAAAAAGAAAAAUAUUAGAAAUUAGA